AUGAAAUAUUAUGACAAAGACGUAUGCGUAUGCACAAAUAAUCUAUCUAUCUAUCUAUCUAUCUAUCUAUCUAUCUAUCUAUCUAUCACGGUCUGUUCACAUCUAUCUAUCUAUCUACCACGGUCUGUUCACAUCCAUUAUCUAUCUAUCUAUCUAUGGAUCCAUCUAUCUAUCUAUCUAUCUAUCUAUCUAUCUAUUUAUCUACCACGGUCUUCAGACAUCUAUUUAUCUUAUCUAUCUAUCUAUCUAAUAUCUAUAUCUAUCUAUCUAUCUAUCUAUCACGGUCUGUUCACAUCUAUUAUCUAUCUAUCUAUCUAUUAUCUAUCUAUUAUUAUCUAUCUAUCUAAUUUUGUUCACAUCUAUCUAUCUAUCUAUCUUUCUAUCUAUCUAUCUUUCUAUCUAUCAAAAUCGUUAUCUAUUUAUCUAAAUCUAUUUAUCUAUCUAUCUGAAAUAAUAAAUCUAUCUAUCUAUUAA